AUGGCGGAAUGUGAAAACAACGAUGUGCGACAACAAACACAAUCAGACGCAGAAGCUCUUAAUUUAGCCGAGCUGCUGGACCGUGGAUGGAAGAUAUUUGAAGACGUAGAUAGAACAAAUGAACCUCUUGGUUCUACCAGUAUCCAGGUCCGAGUUAAACGUGGUAUCAGUAUGUUAGAAGAGGCGUCCAGGAUGGCGGCUCAGCUAGACCUGUUCAGCCGUAAUGAAGAGCUUGAAGAGACGGCCACAGCUGACCUCAAGUACCUGCUGCUGCCUGCGCUGCUAGGAGCUCUGACCAUGAAGCAGACCAGCAGAGACAAACGGCUGGAGAUAGUCCAGACUGCCCGGGCCUACUUCAUGGAUUAUCUGAGGAGAUGUAAAGAGUAUAAUAUUUCACAGUUUGAACUGCCUCAAUCAUGUCCUGAAGAAGCAGCAGAGAACACACACUGUGUUGCUAAGCCUGUCCACGGCCCAUCAGACCUGGUCGCCAUGGCAGCACAGAGACAAGCUAAAAUCGAGCGAUACCGUCAGAAGAAGCAACUGGAAGGCAGACUGUCAGAAGUACGGAAACUGGUGGACAGUGGAGAAGCUGACGACGAAGUGAGCAGAGAUUUUUACCUGCUGAAUAUCCGGAGGUGGAUCACUGUGUGUCUGGAGGAAGUGGAGAGCAUCGACCAGGAGCUGGAGAUACUGAAGAAAAUGGAUGUUCUGAAGAAGGGUGCCGCUGAGCCGCCGGCACAGCCUGCCAGGCCUCCCAUGAAACCCUUCAUCCUCACCAAGGAUUCCAUGCAGGCCAAGGUGUUUGGGGCUGGUUACCCCAGCCUUGCCACCAUGUCAGUAGAUGACUGGUAUGAACAGCACAGGAAACGCGGUGGCCUGCCUGACCAGGGGAUACCCAGGAGGGUCGCUGGGGAGGAGGACUCUGAUCUAAAAGAGAGGGAAGAGGAAGAAAAAGAGAAAAAGGCUGAAAAUGACGACGAGGAGUCUCUGCUGAAAGCCAGGAACUGGGAUGACUGGAAGGAGACUCAUCAAAGAGGUUAUGGAAACCGCCACAACAUGGGUUAAAUAAUCCCAACAGAGCAAACCAGCUCUGUCUCAUGUCUUGUCUGUCUUCACGCUCUUCACACAACCUUUAAAACUGUUAUGGUAUGAACUGGUAUGAGAAGGUCACCAAACACACCACAAAACACACCAUAUAAACCUGAUACUCACUUAAUAUGCAGGUACACAUGUGUAACAUCAUACUUCAUUUACAAGGUUGUAAACAACAGUCGUCUGUGUUAAGUUUUUGAAUGAGUCUUAAUAAACAUCUACUUGUUGGUUGAACUGAA